AUGAAACGAAUGUGUUGCAAUUCCACGGCUGAUGCCAUGCGAACGUAAAGACAUUUUAUAUUCAGUAACACUGUUCAACAUAAGCUGGCCCUACGUCAAGAACUCCGAUCCCACUUACACACAAUACGCGCCUCCAUUGGUCUUGGUAUAAUGGCGGAACUGCCCGAAGAUUCGAAAUCACCAAUCCCGUCGUCUGUGUUUGAUAACGACGCUGAUGACACCAAUUUCAUGUCCCCGGUCCUUCUGCCAUUGACUGUGUCGAUCGAUGAUGAUGACGCGGGACAGCUCUCAGCACCGCAGACAAAUACUCCGACUGAGCUCUCUGAGCCACGACAGAUUAUAUCGUCUGGGGACUCAUCCGAACUUCUCCAAGCUGAGCUCCGGAGACCCGUUCUCGCAGGAACCUACUUCAACGAACCUGCGUAUCUCGUCCAGUUGCGAUUGCACUUGUCACUGUCAAGCGGAAAUCGAAGCUGGCUCAGCCGUAUACAGACGGUUGACAUUCACGUUCUUGUAGAAGAUGCACCAAGAGAUGACGGACAGAAUGUUUCGGAUGAUUCUGAAGACAGUGACGAUGAUUACGAGGAGGAGGAAUUUCCACACCCGGCAAUCGUCAAGGCAUUUCCGGGUCCCAGUGGUUGGGAGGGUUCGCCUCAGUCCGCUGAGGUAACAAUCACAAACGGAAUCGGCAUGCAAGUAGGCUAUAAUCCCGCCUCUAUCUCUUACAACAUCGGUGAGUCCAGAACCCGGACGAAGACCGGAGCCAUCAAGGUCAAGGUGGCACACAAAGGUCCGGGACAGAACAAGUUGCAUGUCCGGGUCGAAGAGAGCUCCGUGGACAAGACCGGCGUUCCGGACUACCUAUUAGUACCUUUUAUCAUCAGACACCGUUCCCGUCGCUUCCGCAUGCGUGUUGGCAUCCACGCCCGCUUUGGCUUCUGGCGCGGAAAACUGGCUGAAGUAGUGCCCAUUCUUGGCCGUGCUGAUGAGCCUUUGUUCUUUGAUCCGCGGGUUAUGCGUCGGGCUAUGGAGAAGGGACGGAGGGGUGUUAACGGGGAGAAGGUCGUUGAGUGGCGUGGUGCGCUGGAUGAAGUUGCGCUGCAGGGGUACUCGUCGCUGGUUGACGAGAAUGCUGCUCAGGAGUGA